UCUGCUGGGACUGAGGUGGGGGGCUUGGCUGGCGGGGGAGAGGGGGGUCUCUUCGGCCUUCUACCUCCCGCGGCUGGGACUACCCUUCCAGCUACCGGGCACUUCACGGCGUGCGCCCCCGGGGCCUCCCAAACUGUUUCCAAACUGCCCAGACCGGAGGUGGGCGCGUGGAGACUCGGCGAAAGGGCUGGGUUUGGAGGGGGGCGAUUGUGUGUUUGAAUACUUGGAGCUUGGGGAGGCAGACGUCGACCCCAAACGAGUUGCAAUCGAGGUCCGGGAGUGGCGGCGGCCAAUCAGCGCUCGGCUUCCAUUUUGUGAGUUCAACUCGGAGGCUUCCCCGGCUUCGCGUGGAUAUGUUUGCAGACCCCUCGGUCUCUCUUCUCGGGCUGCCGACACGAAGCAGCCGCCUCGCUGGGGCUUCGUGGUGGUGUAUUUCAUAUUGGGGCUCUUUUCGGGGUUUGUAAUUUGGCCGUGGGUAGGUAAUUGGCUGGAGCAGGGCGGCAGGGCGCGGCAGCCAAUCAGCACACGGCUUCUAUAGGGCUUGAGUUAUUAGACGCUGAUCUCAAAACAUCCUUCAUCAGACUCCAAGGAGAGGCCAACAGAUGAGGGGAGCCAUUUUUCUGCAAUGGAAUUAAAUGGCCAAGUGGGUUUUUCCUUUGUUGCAAAUGGGGAAUGCUUUUCCUUUGACUCCACCAUCCAGUUCAGGACGCCUGAAUGUGUUUAACAUUUGCCAAAGGACUCACACUUGGAAGAAUGAAGAAGACCUUUUAAAAAGAUCUGGAUUUUUCCUUAUGACUUGGAAUCCAUCUUUGUCUUGUAUAACUAGGUCAUAGCACACUAUUAAUGUCAGCAGUUAACAGUUUUGAAUUCAAAAAACCUAAGUAAAUGACAUAUUUAAUUUUUUUUCCUCUUUUUUUCUUGGGUGGGUGGGGGGAGAGCUUGGAGCUGUCUUAAUCUGUAUUCUCUUGACUGAACAAUAAAUUUUUAAAUAUAAUUUCCUCUAUUAAACACUUAACCUGGUCAUCUUAUUAACUACUCUUUUUAACAAGGUAAUGUUUUAAAUGUAUAGCUGUAGGAAUAGCGAAAUGGCAGCAACAAAAAGAUUGUGAGCUGUUACUGUUAAAUUUUCUAAAAACCUUUUACAUUGUAAGUACCCAGUCCAUUCUGUCCUUCCUGCCCUGCAGUUUCAUGUUACUGUCGCCUGAGAUGUCCUGAAUUUUCGGAAUCUUCAUCUGCAUGUAUGUCUUUGUCUCUGUCUGAUAGCAGUAAACAGUCCACAGCGAAGCCGCCUUUUUGCCAGCCCAACCCUGGAAAGUUUGCAGUCGUGGAAGGAGCAGAAAAUACCCUGAGUGUAACUUACAAAAAGGUCUUGCCCGGAGCCCGGAGCAAUGUCUCGGUUAUCCCCACAGUAGACAAUCCUCCUCUGGACAACUGGAACAGGCCUAAUUUGACUGACAGCUUUUCCACUAAGCAUUAUGCCCCGUCGGUGUUUGAGAAGUACACGGCUAGUGUGACAGUGGGCAACAAGGAGGUGACCCUGAACCUCUACGACACAGCUGGGCAGGAAGACUACGAUCGGCUGCGGCCCCUGUCCUACCAGAACACACACCUCGUUCUCAUCUGCUAUGACGUCAUGAACCCCACCAGCUAUGACAAUGUCCUCAUCAAGUGGUUCCCUGAAGUGACACAUUUCUGCCGAGGGACCCCCGUGGUUCUCAUCGGCUGCAAGACAGACCUGAGGAAGGACAAGGAGCAGCUGCGGAAGCUCCGGGCAGCCCAGCUGGAGCCCAUCACCUACACACAGGGCCUGAGUGCCUGCGAACAGAUGCGAGCUGCACUCUACCUGGAAUGUUCCGCCAAGUUUCGGGAGAAUGUGGAAGAUGUCUUCAGGGAAGCUGCCAAGGUGGCCCUGAGUGCCCUGAAAAAGGCACAAAGGCAGAAGAAGCGCAGGAUCUGCCUGCUGCUGUGACCCUGGGCAGACAGCCCUGAGCAGAGCUGUCCGGGUUAGGGACCCAGGCCUCAGCUCCUGCUGGGAUUUUAUCCCGCCAGAGCACUGUCAUGCCUGGCAUCUGGGGCUAGACUCUUGGAACAUUCUGGAACUGUCCCCUCUGGGUUCAUGCUAUGGUUCGAUGGAGAAUGAAGAUGCCAGACCCACCAGUGUCCCUCUCCCCUGGGGCCGGCACUUGUUCCCAGGCCGCAGGAGGGCCCUCACAGCAGCUCUUCUUGCCCCAGCCACGCGUGUUUCCCUUUCCAAACUCAAUUCAUGCUUAAAACUCGGAAAGGCAUGGAGAGUGUGGGCAAGUGUGGUUGUGCACUGCUGCUCACAAGUGUCCCAAGACCACCGUCCUCUGUCACCAUCUCCCUGAGCUCCUGAGAUAGCUCGGUUACAUCCUCCAGCCUCUUCCUCCUUCCCGUCAGGAACCAAGGGCCACAGCCUAUCAAGAGAACAGAGGCAUCAAGCCGGACAUGGGCCGGCACCGGCUGUUCCCGCUGUACCACACUGAAGACUUUUGUCUUAGCCUGAGACACAUGUUCGGGCGAAGAAGAAACAAUCUCUUAAAAGGUCAAAAUAUACUCGGGCCUCCCAUCCGAUCCCUGCCCCAGACUUCGCCUCCAAACCCGCAACUGACUUCCACUGGGGACAUCCGAUGGACAGUGCCUACGCCCCCAUCAGGGACCUCAGGCGAACGGACUCUCUCCUGAGACCACUCCAUCUGUAAAGGGCCAGGACCGGGUCACUUAAGCUCAUCAUCCCACCCUCUUCAGUAUCCGCUUCUACCAGGGUGCGGGCUAGGAAUGGCCUCCCCCGCCUCCUUCCAGAACUGACCUGCAGACCACCAAUGUCUACGACAGCAAGACUCUUGAGCUCUGAAAUUCCUUCCGGAAGGUCUAGAGUCUGCAUUUUCAGAACUUUCGAAGCCAAGUUUCCUAGGUGGUUUGAGUGCCCCCAAGAGGAAGUCAGCAUCUCCCAAGAAGAAACUAUGGCCUAGGCUGGCUCAUCUGUCCUAGUACCUCUUGAUUCAGCCCCCAAAGCCAGGUUGCCAAGGAAAGGGACUUCUGGCCCUCUUCCCCACAAGUGCCCGAAGGCCCUGCUGUCCCCUGCAGAGCUAACCAAGGACCUCUUGGUCUCUCAGAAUCCAAGGCCUUGUAGAUAAAUUAUGAUAUAUGGCAGAGGUCAACAAACCACAGCCUGUGGGCCACACGUGGCCACUGCCUGUUUUGUAAAUAAAGUUUUAUUGAACGAC